UGAGGGGAGGAGACGCCGAGUGCUGCUUCUCUCUGUGGCUGCUCAGCGCUGUGUUGUUGUGAGCGAGGAAGGCGAGCCAGAGUGUAGCGGCACCUGCUCGGGCCAGCCAGCACUGACCGCGCUCACCCACUCCAGCUCAGCAUGGCUCUCAUAGUGCAUCUGAAAACAGUCACCGAUCUCCGGGGGAAAGGAGACCGCAUCGCAAAAGUAACCUUUCGAGGGAUCAUAUUUUAUACAAGAGUUCUGGAAAACUGUGAAGAUGAAGCACAAUUUGAUGAGACUUUCCGAUGGCCUGUCACCAGCAACAUUGAUGGCACUGAAAUGCUGGAGAUCCAAGUGUUCAACUACAGCAAGGUCUUCACUAAUAGGCUAAUUGGGACGUUUGGGAUGAUAUUACAGAAAGUGGUGGAGGAAGGACAGCUGGAAGUAUCAGACACAUUAUUAGACGACAACAACAGCUCCAUCAGAACCUGUGUCUCCAUUGGGAUAAAGUACCAGGCAAUAGAUGGUUCUGUCGGAGUCUGGAAUGAAAAUGACUACUUGGAAAAUCCAAGCCUAAAAGCAGAGCAUGAGGCCACCUUUCUUUUUGAAACAGACAGUUUACUGUCUGGUGGACAGAAUCAGGAAUCGGGGACAUCACCAGGGCGAUCCUACCAAAACUUUGUGGGGGAAAGGAAAAAGACUGCUGGUGAUGAAAGCUGUUACAAUAGUGAGGAAGAGGGUGAAGCAAAUGCAAGCAAAGGCAAGAAAAUACCCAAAGCAAAGGAUGGCAAAGGAAAAACAGAAAGCAAAGAAAAAGCAAGUGGUAAAGGAGUUUUCUCGGGAAUGAAGCUGGGAAAAGCACGUCAUUCAAAAGAUGAUCACAAGAAGGGUCAUGGAGAUGAGCCUGCUGUUCUUGAAACAGAAGACCUGGAUAGAAAAGGCAAACGGUUUGGCGGAGGUUUGGACCCUGACACCAUCUCACUGGCAUCUGUCACUGCCGUCACCAUCAAUGUUUCUAACAAGAGAUCAAAGCCUGAAAUCAAAAUGGAACCUAGUGCAGGGAGACCUCAGGAUUACCAAGUGAGUAUUACAAUUAUUGAAGCACGACAGCUAGUCGGAUUGAACAUGGACCCUGUGGUCUGUGUUGAGAUUGGAGAUGAGAAGAAAUAUACAAGCAUGAAGGAGUCUACAAAUUCUCCUUACUUCAAUGAGUACUUCGUCUUUGAAUUUCAUCUAUCUCCGGAUGUCAUGUUCGAUAAAAUAGUCAAGCUCUCGGUGAUUCAUUCCAAAAACCUCCUGCGCAGUGGGACAUUGGUUGGCACAUUCAAGAUUGACAUAGGAACCAUCUAUUCUCAACCAGAACAUCAAUUCCACCAUAAAUGGGCAAUACUCUGUGACCCUGGUGACAUUACUGCGGGAGUGAAAGGUUAUGUGAAGUGUGACAUAGCUGUUGUUGGGAAAGGAGAUAAUAUUAAGACAACACAUAAAUCCAACGAGAAUGAUGAGGAUGAUAUAGAAGGGAACUUGUUGCUUCCUGAAGGAGUGCCCUCAGAGAGGCAGUGGGCCCGUUAUUAUGUCAAGAUCUACAAAGCAGAAGGACUGCCGAAGAUGAAUACCAGCAUUAUGGCUAAUAUGAAAAAGGCACUCAUUGGAGAAAACAAAGACUUAGUUGAUCCCUUCGUUCAAGUGUUAUUUGCAGGACAAAAGGGAAAGACCUCUGUCCAAAAGAAUACUUAUGAACCGUCAUGGAAUGAACAAAUCAUAUUUACUGAAAUGUUUCCACCCUUAUGCACGCGAAUUAAAAUCCAAAUCCGUGAUUCAGACAAAGUGAAUGAGGUUGCUAUAGGGAGCCAUUUUGUCGAUCUGAGGAAGAUUGCAAAUGAUGGAGACAAAGGAUUUCUACCCACUUUUGGUCCUACCUGGGUGAAUAUGUAUGGGUCCACACGCAACUACACUUUAAUGGAUGAACAUCAGGAUUUAAAUGAAGGUCUGGGUGAGGGUGUUUCCUUCAGAGCUCGACUACUUAUCAGUAUUGGUAUGGAAAUCUUAGACACAAGCUCGACAGAAAUAAUGAGCUCCACUGAUGUUCAAGUUGAAUCAAUUCAACAGUUAUCUGAUACUGCUACAGGAAAAAUCGAAGAGUUUUUCCUCUUUGGUGCCUUUUUGGAAGCAACAAUGCUUGACAGGAGGAUUGGAGAUAAACCAGUGAGUUUUGAAGUUACAAUAGGUAACUAUGGAAACCAAAUUGAUGGAAUAAGCAAGCCAGUAAUUCGCAGGAAGAAAGGAGGGGGGGACGGAGAUGAGGAGGAGUCCGAGCUUCUCCAGAACUCGAGUGAAGAUGAAGCAGAUGAUGAAGGGGAUCUUGUUUCCGUGUCCUCCACUCCACCUAUGAAGCCCGUCAUUACUGACAGAAAUUACUUCCAUCUGCCAUACUUUGAAAAGAAACCUUGUACAUAUAUCAAAAGUUGGUGGCAAGACCAGCGAAGGCGACUCUACAAUGCAAAUAUUAUGGAUAAGAUGGCAGACAAACUGGAAGAAGGUUUAAACGAUGUUCAGGAGAUCAUGAAGACAGAAAAACCACACCCAGAGCGACGGCUCCGAGGCGUCCUGGAGGAGCUAAGCAACGGAUGCAACCGUUUUGUGUCACUGGGAAUGAAGGACCAAAAUGCACUAGGAAGGACAAAGUUGGACAGAGAGAGACUGAAGGCCUGCAUAAGGGAGAUGGAGAACAUGGCACAACAAGCAAAGACAAUCCGAUCCCAGGUGAAGAAAAACACAUUCAAGGACAAAAUGAAGCAGGUUCAGAGCUUUCUGCAUAAACUCCGCUUUAUAGCUGAGGAGCCCCAACACAGCAUUCCCGAAAUUUUCAUCUGGAUGAUGAGCAACAACAAGAGGAUAGCAUAUGCUCGAAUUCCAUCCAAAGAUAUCCUGUACUCAAUCGUGGAUGAAGAAACAGGCAAAGACUGUGGCAAAGUUAAAACAGUCUUUCUAAAGCUUCCUGGAAAGAAAGGCUUUGGCACUGGAUGUUGGACAGUCCAGUCUAAAAUAGAGGUUUACUUUUGGUUGGGAUUGAAUAAACAGCGGAAGGAUUUCCUCUGUGGCCUCCCCAACGGAUAUGAAGAGAACAAAGCUGUAAAGGGACCCGGGACGCAGUCUAGCCCUCCGAUAAGUCUGACCUAUAUCAAAAAGCAGCUUUUCCAGCUCAGAGUCCACAUGUACCAAGCCCGCAGCUUGUGUGCCGCAGAUACUAGUGGCCUCUCUGAUCCAUUUGCUCGAGUCUUCUUCUCCACCCAGAGCCAAUGUACUGAGGUUUUACAAGAGACACUUUGCCCUACCUGGGACCAGAUGUUGGUAUAUGACAAUAUUGAGUUAUAUGGUGAAGCACAGGAACUGAGAGAUGACCCUCCCAUUGUGGUCAUUGAAAUUUAUGACCAGGAUACUCCUUCCAAGUUUGACAUAGAUCCGGGAAAAGCAGAGUAUAUUGGUCGAACGUUCUCAAAGCCUGUGGUGAAGAUGGCAGAAGAGGAAUAUUGCCAGCCUCGAUUCCCCCCUCAGCUGGAGUACUAUCAGAUCUAUCGGGGGAAUUCGACGGCUGGGGACUUGCUAGCUGCUUUUGAACUCCUACAGGUUCCUCCAUCUGGAAAACACAACCUGCCACCAAUUGAUGGCCCAACAGAUUCUGACCGUGGUCCGAUUCUCCCUGUUCCAAAAGGGAUCCGGCCAGUGUUAAGCAAGUACAGGAUUGAGAUUCUCUUUUGGGGUCUCAGGGAUCUCAAGCGGGUGAACCUGGCGCAGGUUGAUAGACCACGAGUUGACAUUGAAUGUGCUGGAAAGGGUGUGCAGUCUGCACUCAUUCAAAACUACAAGAAGAAUCCAAAUUUCAGCACAUUAGUCAAGUAUUUUGAAGUGGAUCUACCAGAGAAUGAAUUGCUUCACCCUCCCCUUAAUAUCCGAGUGGUGGACUGCCGUGCGUUUGGCAGAUACACCCUCGUUGGCUCACAUGCUGUUGGGUCCUUGAGGAAGUUCAUCUAUAGACCACCUAACAACACAGUUCAGAACUGGGCCAAUGCAGGUGAUAUCAACAUUAACAUGGAAACAGACAUUCAUGUGAAGAAAAUAGAGACUGUAGUCAAGCUGGAUGCUAACUCUGACGCUGUUGUCAAACUUGAUGCGAUUGAAGAUGAGAAAUCUAAAAAGAAGAAGAAAAAGAAAGGUGAUGAAAUAGAAGAGGAGGAGCCAGAUGAAAGCAUGCUGGACUGGUGGUCAAAAUAUUUUGCCUCCAUUGAAACUCUUAUGGAGCAACUCCGACAGCAGGAAGCAGCUGCAGCUGAAGCAGAGGAGAAGGAGGAUAUGGAGAUAGCAGCAGAGGAGAUCAAAAUUGAUGACUCUCCCAUGAAAGGCACAAAACCGUCCAAGGGGAAGGUCAAAGGACAGGAUAAAGAGAAGAAGAAAAAGCAGCUGGAAGUUGUUGAAAAGAAGGAUAAAAUUAAAAUUGACGAAUUACGCGUUUACCACAAGGAAUUGGAAACUGAGUUUGGAAACUUUGAAGACUGGCUGCACACAUUUAAUCUUUAUCGAGGUAAAAUCGGAGAUGAUGACGACAGUGCAACAGAUGAUGAAAGAAUUGUUGGGCGCUUUAAGGGCUCUGUUUGCGUAUACAAGGUGCCACUACCAGAUGAUAUUGCUCGGGAAGCUGGGUAUGAACCAACCUUUGGAAUGUUCCAAGGCAUCCCAAACAACGAUAUCGUCAAUGUUUUGGUCAGAGUAUACGUAGUAAGGGCGACAGAUUUACAUCCAGCUGAUAUCAAUGGCAAAGCAGAUCCAUAUAUUGUCGUAAAAUUAGGCAAAACAGAAAUCAAAGACAAGGAGAACUAUAUAUCCAAGCAACUCAAUCCAGUCUUUGGCAAAUCAUUUGAUAUUGAAGUCACGUUUCCAAUGGAGUCUAUGCUGACAGUCGCUAUAUUUGACUGGGAUUUAGUGGGUACGGAUGAUCUAAUUGGAGAAACAAAAAUUGAUCUAGAGAAUCGCUACUACAGCAAACACAGAGCAACGUGUGGCUUUUCGCAGCAAUAUUCAGUUCAUGGAUACAAUACCUGGAGAGAUCCCAUGAAACCUACACAGAUACUGACAAAACUUUGCAAAGAAGGCAAAGUGGACGGGCCUCACUUUGGACCUGGAGGAAAAGUAAAGGUCGCUAAUAGAGUCUUUGCAGGUCCAACAGAGCUUGAGGAUGAAAGUGGAGUGAAGAAGGAGACGGAUGAACACGUCGCCCUUAUUGUUCUGCAGCACUGGGAGCACAUGCCGCGUGUUGGCUGCAAGUUGGUCCCGGAACACGUGGAAACAAGGCCUCUGCUAAACCCUGAGAAACCAGGCAUUGAGCAGGGUCGUAUUGAACUGUUUGUUGACAUGUUUCCAAAGGACCAGGCCGCACCAAGAGCAGCGACUGAUAUAGCACCAAGGAAACCAAAAAAUUAUGAACUGCGUGUUGUUAUUUGGAACACUGAUGACGUUAUUCUUGAAGAUGAUGCUUUCAUGACAGGAGAGAAGAUGUCAGACAUCUAUGUCAGGGGCUGGCUAAAAGGGCAGCAGGAAGAUAAGCAGGACACCGAUGUACACUAUCAUUCAUUGACUGGCGAGGGCAACUUCAACUGGCGCUUUGUCUACCCCUUCGACUACCUGAUGGCUGAGGAGAAGAUUGUCAUGUCCAAAAAGGAGUCCAUGUUUUCCUGGGAUGAGACAGAGUAUAAGAUCCCAGCCCGCCUGACUCUACAAGUCUGGGAUGCUGACCACUUCUCAGCUGAUGACUUCCUUGGUGCAAUUGAAUUGGAUCUGAACAGGUUCACCCGAGGUGCAAAAACAGCCAAGUUAUGUACAAUUGAAAUGGCGACAGAUGAAUCUUCUUUUCCUAUGGUCUCCAUUUUUAAGCAGAAGAGAGUGAAGGGCUGGUGGCCGUUUGUCGCCAGAAAUGAAAAUGAUGAAAUGGAGCUUACAGGUAAGGUGGAGGCCGAGCUACACCUGAUGACAGCAGAGGAAGCUGAGAAGAGCCCUGCAGGCUUGGCGCGCAAUGAACCAGAUCCUCUGGAGAAGCCAAAUCGGCCCGACACAACUUUUAUAUGGUUUCUCAACCCUUUGAAAUCCAUCAAAUACCUCAUCUGCACCCGAUACAAGUGGCUUAUUGUGAAGAUUGUGCUGGCUCUGCUACUGGUGAUCAUGAUCGGCCUAUUCCUUUAUAGCAUGCCAGGUUACAUGGUGAAGAAGCUGCUUGGUGCGUGAAUCACGGUUUCAUGUGGCUGAACAACCGACGGUACUUUUAAUGUAUGACGUUUAGGAGAUAAGCCUAUACCAUUUUCUGGGGAUUCACGUUGAAAACAUUAUCUACAGAUCAUCUUAUUGUGUGCAGUGUGUGCUGCUCUCCACCAUCAAGGUUUAAAUUACAAUUGAAUGUUCUUUUCAGCUUUUUGAUUCUCAGUUGCAAGUACGUUUUGCUUGUAUGGUUUUGAGGUUCAGUAUUUCUCACAUAUUAUGAUCACUGCCAGUUUUGUCGAGCACUUUCAAAAUGUCCCCCUAUUCCACUUAAAAACAAGUACCUGCUUCAAACAAUGCAAACUCAGACAUAUUGUCUGACUACAAAUUGUCCCUCAGAUAUUUUUGGCCAAGCUAUUCCUUUCACUGUUUGUGGCCUUGAUUACUUUCAGCAAAACUUUAAAAAAAUGUUUCGUAGUGAAAUAUGAAUCCUGCAUGUGCUCUUGUCAAACCACCAUCACAUCAUGAUCACAUACCUCCUAUAUCUCUCGUUUCCCUUUCCCCGACUCUCAGUCUGAAGAAGGGACUUGACCUGAAACGUUGCAUAUUCCUUUUCUCCACAGAUGCUGCCUGGCAUACUAAAUUAUUCCAACAAGUUCUUCUUCAUGGGGAUUAAAAACAAUUCAGCAACAACCUUGAAGCUAACAAGCAGAAACGAUUCACUUAGCUGGUAACUAAUUAAAACAUUAACACCUCUUUUAUCAACCCAACAUUUCAAGGGAUAUUAGACACCAACACUCAUCACCUAGAAACUAGCAUUCAAUUUUACAGCUACACUUUUUUUGAUUCUUUGGGUUCUUUUCUUUGCACAUGAGAAAAUUGUGACACAAAACAAAUUGACCUCUAGCCAUUUAACAGCGAUGAUUCAUUCUUUGAGCACUGCAAAUCUCUGGAACUCUCCUCCUCCUCAAGGGGUAUUGGGAAGAAAGAAUAACAUUUGUGUUGGAAAGAACUGCAGAUGCUGGUUUACAUGGAAGAUACACUAAAUGCUGGAGUAACUCAGUGGGCCACGCAGCAUCUCUGGAUAGCAGGAAGUGGUGAUAUUUCAGGUUGGGACUCUUCUUCAGAAAAAGAUUAUCCAUUUGUUAAUGACUAGCUAAACAGAUUCAUCAGAUGAGAGGUUACAUCAGAUCAGAGCAACUCCAUUGACCAACAUUUGUUCCUAUCUUCAAACAUAUUAACUAGAGCAAUCAAUUUGGCCUGUUAAUCACACUGUGUUCACAAGGUUGCUGAAUUUCAACAUUAGAUUGCACCACAUGCAUGUUCAAAUCUUCAAAACAUAACAGUGAACAAGCAUCUACAAGUCAUCUAUUCAGGAUUUCACUGUUGCUCAAGUAGAAAUUUCUGGUCAAGACAAAGAUAAAUAGAUAUUCAUGAAAUACACUAUUGAGUAGAUGACAGCCGAUUUGUCCAAUCUAUGUUCCAUCCGCUCAACUCAAAACAAAAAUCAGAUUUUCAUAACUAAUAAGGUAGCACUUUACAAGGUUGACUGAACCAUGAUAAAUGCCAGACAGCAUACCCUAAAUGAGACUCAAGUUAUCUUUGCUUUAUAAAUGGCAGUUGUCUCUCUUUGUGAUACAUUGUGAAAUUAUGAAAGUACAAUUUUGUCCUCAAACUGUCAAAUUCUAUUUCACCUUACUCUUUGUAUGGAUCUUUGUGUAAUUAUAUAUUUUUUUGGUUUCUGUUGUGAGAACAAUGCAAUUAAAUUAAAUUAAAUAUUACUAUUUGAAAUAAAGUUGUGAACAAGUGCAUUA